AGACAUUUUGUCUGUUUAUUACUUUAAAGCCAAGUCAACAUGUCUGCGUUCAAGAAAUUCUUCAACAACGUCAUCCAUAACCAAGACAUCGAUGACGAAAAUAUCAAAGUGAAGGGGAAGGUGAAACGAAAGUAUUACGGAACAGUCGCAGAGUAUCCAAACUUCAGUGCCAGCAGUGAUGCGUCUGUUCUUCAGACAGCUAUUGAACAUCAUGAAGUGGACGAGGAUGUGAUCGUUUCAGUCCUGGUGAAGAGAAACAACGUGCAGAGGCAGAAGAUCAAAGUCACUUAUGAAGCUUCUACUGGAAACAGGCUGGACGAAGCUCUGGAGUCGGCUCUCAGGCACGACUUAGAGGAUGUCACCAUGGCCCUGCUCAUGACGCCCUCUCACUUUGAUGCCUACGAGCUCAGGCAGGCCACCAAGGGUCUGGGCACCGAUGAAGACGUGCUGGUGGAGAUCCUGGCAACAAGGACAAAUAAAGAAAUCGAGGAUAUCAAGAGGGUCUACAAAGAAGUGUAUGAAGUUGAACUGGAGGAAGUCAUUAAAGAUGAGACCAGCGGUGACUUCACUACGGCCCUUCUGGCCAUGUUGAAGGCUGAACAAGACGAGAGUGAUCACGUCGAUAUGGAUUUAGUCCAAAAGGAUUCAGAGACUCUGUUUGAGGCAGCUGAGCAUCCUGAAGGAAUCAACGUUUCCACCUUCAUCAACAUCCUGACCUCUCGGAACGCAAAGCAUCUCUCUAAGACAUUCCAGAAAUAUGCCUUGGGCAGUGACUUGACAUUACCUAAGGCUCUGGACCUGCAUCUUAGUGGUGACAUUGAAGACUGUCUGCUGGACAUUGUGAAAUGCUCCUGGAACACGUCGGCGUUCUUCGCUGAGAAGCUCCAUAAGGCUAUGGACGGUUAUGGCACAUGUGAGCAAACUCUCAUCCGGGUGCUGGUGAGCCGCUCUGAGGUGGACCUGAAGAAGAUCGUGCAGGAGUACAGGGCUAUGUAUGGAGUUAGCCUUCAGGACUCCUUAGUGAACGACACAAAGGGACACUAUCAGGCUGUUCUGCUUGGACUGUGUGGACCUUUCUGAAAAUCUGGUGUUACCUACUUACUAGAAAUAAAUCUUGUCUCACACUGUGUAAAAUUAUGACUCAUUUGACAUAAAUCUCUGAAGUGCUUUCCCAACAUCAUUAAUAUGUCUGACUUUAACUAGUGUUAAAACAGCUUAUUCACAUGAAUGCUUAUCCUGUGUUAUAAAUGUUUUUAACUGUUGGUUAGUGUGGGUUUGUAUCUUUCUGUGCUGUGUCUUUAUUAAAAUCUUGAUGUCCAAUUGAA